AUGAUUAAAAGUCAAAGAAAAGUACUACUUUUUGUCGACAAUACAGCUCCUCAUCCCCAUCUUAAACUGCAAAAUGUCGAGCUAGUGUUUUUUCCCCCAAAUAUGACGUCUCACUGCCAACCUUUGGACCAGGGCAUAAUUCAACAAUUUAAAAAGCUCUAUCGUAAGCAACUGUUACAAAAAGCAAUUGCUGAUUUGGAUGCUGGAGAAUCUAGCGCUAUAAAUGUUUUGGAUGCUGUUCACCAAGGCGAUGAACAAUUAGGACAAACAAUUGAUACUGGAGAACAAUCCGUAGUAGAUGGAGAACUUUUAGCUCUCAUCACACUGAUCGACAGCAGUGUUGAAGUAGAGACAUAUUUUGAAGUAGACAAAAUCAUUUCCACUCACGACACCAAUCUAACGGGCGCCGAUGAUCCUGAUGAACCCGGUGAGCCCGAAAAUGAGGAAGAAGACGAGCCUGAAGAAGCAGAAACUUCAAAAUAUCAAAUAACAAGUUUACAAGAUGCUUUGUCUGCUGUAAAGAGCGUAAGUCAUUUUAUUUCAUCAAUAGAGGUAAAGAGCAAUUCUAUUUUUACUUCUGCUGUAACAUUAGCGAAUGAUAUAACCAAUGAGAUUGCACAGAGACGGUGUAAUUACAAACAGACAAAGCUCACCGAUUUCUUCAAACAAAAAUAA